CGAUAACAUUAGCAUCCUCGCUGUUAGCCUAGCUCGUCAGCUGAUCUGUCAAAAUAUCUCGCAGCAGCAGUCACAGAGCGUGCCUGUAGAGUUUGUACAUGUUAUAGUCAUGGCAGGGAACAUGGAGCUUGCGCCUCUCAGACCGUGGGAUGACUUUUUCCCCGGAACCGAUCGCUUUGGCAAACCCGAAUUUUCAGAUUUGACCAAAUGGAACAACCGAGUUAUCAGUAAUUUAAUGUACUACCAGACGAAUUACUUCGCCGUGGCCGUGGUGGUGUUCCUCAUUGUUGGGUUUAUGAACCCACUGGGCUUGUUUUUGGGAGGAGCAGUGGUCGCUCUUAUCUUUGGUGGGUUGGUUUGGGCUGGAGAGAACAAGUCUUUCAUCAAGAACUUCAAAAAGAAGAACCCCACUCUGUUUGUGUUGGCUGUGAUGGUCACCAGCUACUUUGUGCUUUCUCUGUUCGGUGGAGUCCUUGUCUUCAUCUUUGGAAUCACAUUUCCUCUGCUGUUAAUUCUGAUCCAUGCAUCACUGCGACUACGCAACAUGAAGAACCGUCUCGAGAACAAGAUGGAGGGAGUGGGUCUAAAGAAGACGCCGAUGGGUAUCAUCAUGGACCUCCUGGACCAACAGGAGGAGAGGAUGAACAAGAUUCAAGAUUUCAUCGAGGGAAAACUUAAGGAAUAAGGCAAAAGGGAGGUGUUAGACCAAACAUGAAAUUAUUUUAGCAUAUUCUCACAUGUCCCCUUUGACCUGUUAAGUCCUGGUUACCAGCUAAUCUGAGUAUUGCAGUUGUGUGUAUGAGUGUGACAAAGGGAUGGUUUUAUUUCUGCAAAAUGACUGACAUAUCAUGAAGUGACUAAAUUGUAGUACUUGUAGCUUAGGCUUGAAACAUGUGUUUUGCCAAAAAUAGAGUUGCAUAUUAUAUUUUGAUGUUUAUAUUCCUUUAUACAUUCUUUUUGCUUUAUAUUUUGUGUUGGCACUCCCCAGCUAAAGGCUAAGUUUACAACUCAUGAUAAAUUUGCACAAUCGUCUUCUGGGACUAAAUGUAAAAUGCAAUGAGCAGAGCUUCAAUAAGGGUUCAGCAUUUCUCUAAUAAUUAUGUGUCUCCUAUAGAAGCAAUGCAGAAACACUGACAGUUUAGCAAGUAAACCAGAGGUUAGUUAAAAAUGUUAUCUAGACACCAAAACACAUUAAUUUUGAAUCAGGUCUCUUCAUUUUGCUACCUCACAAUCAUACAUUUACAUUGAUUUAAUCUGGCAUUUAAAUACAUAAAGUAACCUGUCGCCUACAGUUCACUUAUGACACGUUUUACAGUGGCAAGAUUUCCUCCACUAAGUGUUCACACUGUCCAGGCUGGCCUGAGUGUAGCCCUUACUGACCACAGCUAUGCAAUAGAAAAAUGAAUGGCAACUGCAGCUUUAUGGUUUGUAUAUUACAUAUUUACGUUGUGUCCUUAUUCAAAGUAAAGCAUGUUGACUAUGUAUAUUGACUGGUUGCAAGAUAUUUCUAAAGCUGACUAUAAAAAUCCCAGUAUUGUUUUGUAAAAUUGUCAUAAACAAAUGUAUAAGCCCUAAUAAUCAUUUGGUAGCAAUUUAAUUUUGCACCACCACAUUACCUGCAAUUGAAUUAUGUUACUGAAUAAUUCACAACCAUGUUUAUUUAUAUGUGUAUUUUUUCAUCCAAAACUGGAAAUUAUACAUGACUACUCCCAGGAUAAUAAAAUUGGUUUGGAUUAUAUUUCAGUCUUAUACAUUUUACUAUUUAGAGUCAGACAACAGUAACUUAUGAUUAGUGAUCCAAAACAAAAGCUCAACUAAUGAUGACUUGUAAUGUAAUGUAAUUGCCAUAAGUAUUGGUUUAUAAUGUUACACCCAUUGCACUGUGUAAAAUAAAUAUCUAAUUUUUCCCAGAGAUUCUGUGGAGACAGUGGUGCCACAGGUGUUUUAAAUAGUAGUAAAAUGUCACUUAUUGCCUCAAGUCAUCUUAAGAAUAAUAUCUAGUAAAAAUACAGUUAUUUUUAUGUGUAAAAUGUUUAUUUAAAAAAAACAAAAGUAUUAUUUGUUAUACCACUUUAUUGUUCAGGUUAUUUUUAGACUAUGGGGGGCA